CAUCAUUCUGCAUCAAAAAUGGUUUCCUACGAGUUGACCGUCUACACUGGCAAAGAAGCCAGUGCCAUAACCGUGAACAGCAUCUACAUAAAGCUGGUGGGCACAAAAGGCGAGAGUGACCGCAAAUGGCUGAACAUUUCGCCCAUCUUCUGGGGAUCAGAGGUUACUUACUGUGUGGACUGUGAACACACCCUGGGACAGCUGAUUCUGAUCGAAGUAGACAAAAGAACAUGGUUCUUGAGUGACGCUUGGCUCCCUGAAAAGGUGGAAAUCAAAACACCCGAGGGCGACGUCUACACUUUCCCCGUCUACUGCUGGAUCAGUGACAGCGAGACUCACCGCUUCAGAGAGGGGACAGCUCUAAGGAUCUAUGAGGAAGAAAACCCUCUUGGUCUGCACGCACGGAAGCUGGAGCUCAUCCAGCGGCGUAAGGAAUACAGAUGGGACGUGUAUGACUCAGGCUUGCCACACACCAUUAAAGCCCUGCAGGAUAAGGACAAGUUCUCCUGGACUAAAGCUAUACCGUUUUACAGAACAGCGAUCAAGGGGAUACUUGGGAUGAUGGUGAAAAAGCUGACAGAAAACCGCAACAAUUGGAAGAAUCUCGACGAAAUCCACAAUGUGUUGAGUUCCAAAACGUCCGACGUAUAUGAUUACGUCCAGCAACACUGGAAGGAAGAUGAUUUCUUUGGAUACCAAUAUUUAAACGGCAUCAAUCCCAUCCUGAUCCGACGUUGCAAAACUCUGCCGCCAAACUUCCCCGUGACCGAUGACAUGGUCUCCUUUCCUGAGGGGUUAAAGCUGUCUAAUGAGUUGGAGCAAGGGAACAUUUACCUGUGCGACUACAAGAACCUGGACGGAUUGCCAGCAAACACGGUUUUAGGAAAGCAGCAGUACUUAACGGCGCCCCUGGUUCUGUUUCACAAGAGACCAGAUGACAAGCUGAUGCCUAUCGCCAUUCAGCUGAAGCAGACCCCAGGUGAACACAACCCCAUCUUCCUCCCGACUGACUCCACCCAUGAUUGGCUGACAGCAAAAAUAUUUGUGAGAAACGCUGACUUCACAGAGCAGCAGCUCAACACACACUUGCUGCGCACGCACCUGCUGGCCGAGGCCUUUGCAGUCUCUUUGCAGCGCAACCUACCUAUGGUGCAUCCCCUCUACAAGCUUCUCAUACCCCACACUCGCUACACCCUGCAGAUCAACAAAAUGGGUCGAGAAGGGCUGAUUGGCCCCACGGGACUCAUUACCUUGAAUGCAGGUUCUGGGGGAAAGGCUUUAACCGAUUUCCUGGCGAAAUCGAUGUCCGACAUCACCUACACUUCCCUUUGUAUCCCAGAUGACAUCAAUGAGCGCGACAUGCAUGAUGUCCCCAACUACUACUACAGGGAUGAUGGGCUCAGGAUCUGGAACACCAUGUACAAGUUUGUUCAAGGAGUGCUCGAGUACUACUACAAAAGUGACAACGACGUCCUGAGAGACUCAGAACUGCAGACUUAUAUCGGGGACAUUUUUAAAAAGGGCUUCCUUUCGAAUACAGAAAGAGGAUUCCCUCAGAGUUUCACCACUGUGACUGAGAUGGUUAAGUUUGUCACAAUGGUGAUGUUCACUUGUUCCUGCCAGCAUGCGGCUGUAAACAAAGGAAUAUUUGACUACGGCGGCUGGAUGCCCAACUUCCCCUCAAAUAUGCAGUGUCCUCCCCCGACGGAAAAGGGGACAACAACGGAGGCCACAAUUUUGGCGACAUUACCUCCUGUCUGUGUCACUGCUGAGAACCAGAAUGCAGUUUGGCUGCUCAGCAGGACGCCGUCAGACUUUGUUACCCUGGGACACUACCCAGAGGACCACUUCACUGAAGAGACCCCCCGCCAGCUGCAGAGGAAGUUCAAAGCGGAGCUCGAGGUGCUGACUCCAACCUUCAAGAAGAGGAACAUUGAUAUAGAAAUCCCUUACACUUACCUGUUACCAAACAGUAUGGAGAACAGCAUCACCGUCUAAAACCAUUCUACUAAUAUUGUAGAAUAGGUUACAUGGUAUAUAUUCUAAAAACAACAAGUAGCCUAUUUCUGCUUUUAGCUUAUAUUAUGCAAUAAUCUUUGCCUUUUCUAUGACCGCAAUGCUAAAAACAGGUACUGCAGCAGAACUUCAAAUUGGAAGAAAGAAAAGAUACGAGUCAAAUAAAAAAGUACUUACCCUUUAAAGCAGGGGUGUGCUAACUACGGCCCACGGGCCCCAUCCGGCCCGUCGGUAAUUUUAAUCCGGCAAGCCAAAUAUUCAAACAGAAUUGAGCAAAGAUCUGUUUUGAGAUGUGCCACAACAAAACUGAUACUAGACUUUGAGGCACUAACAAAAAUGGCUGAUUAAAAACACCACUCCCACUAAAAGAGAAUGCAAGUGUUAACCCUUUAAUACCAUAUGUUUCUUUGAUGAAAUUAUAUUGUUGAAAAUAGAUGUAAUAUGAUUAAAAUAGCCCAUAUUUGAGAAGCCUACUCUUAGUUCCAAUGCAUCACGUGCUCGCCCGCCUUGUCUGUCAAAUUUCACAAGCCAAUGUGGCCCCUGAGCCAAAAAGUUUGCCCACCCCUGCUUUAAAAGUGUUUGCUGAAAUAUACUGUCACCUGGUGGCGUGUAAUAGGUAUUGCUUGAGCUAACUAAAGUGUCAUUUUGUUUGGGGAAGUUGCUUUUUGUAUGCAUAUUUCACUGAGAAGCCACAUGCUUUCUUAUGUCACAAUAAGCUCCAUGUCCUCUUCAAUGGUUAUAUUCACAUUAUUUUUCUCUCUAUCAUUAGUAUGUAUUAGUAUUAGUAACUUAGAGAUUUCUUUACAAAACAAAUAGUUUUUAAGGUUAGUGGGAUAGUUUAGUCAUUCUUUAACUGUUUGAACGGUAACAUUGUGUUUGAAUAUAUAGUUAAUUGAUUAUUUGGUGUAAUAUUUC